CAAAGCAUGCGCGAGACUGCAAAACUGUAACCUUGUCUCUCGGUGCGUCUGUCGCGUGGAGAAAUCCACGGGCAGAUACCGUGACCGUUCGCGAUUAACUCACGGAACACGGCUCCUUAAAAGAAGCGGUUCUUGACUCGGGCAGAAAUCCGAGAUGUAGAGUCAGUGACGCUCCGCAAGCCAGGAUUAAUGCCCGCGUGCUCAAGUGGAUGCAGUGGGCCUUUUGAUCACGCCCUGCAUGCGUUCAGAAGGCGCUGGCACCUUUAGGUCGGCGUGCCGGGUCAAAUGCCGGGCUCUGGCUGAGACGAGGGUCGCUGCGUCACUCGGUGGAAGCCGCGCAGGAUGUCUUGGGUCAGUGGCUUUUUAGUAGCCAGAACGGACAACCACAAAACGGCUUGGGGCGAGCGGAAUGGGCGCGAGUCGAGAUGCAGUAGGGGCUCGUCGUCCUGGGGGCCACGCUACAUGAGCUGCCUGCGUGAGCCCGACGUGCCGGACGCGACUCCCCCGCCCACGCGCCGCACGGUGGGUAGCGACUUUGGCACACGCGACAUCUGGCAGGAGGACCAUUACUGCAAGAAGGGGGGAACCGAUGGGAAAGCCAUGGAGCUCCUCUCCGAAGACGGCCCGUCCGGGAUGGCGAACGUUGGCGACGACGCCGUGGAGGGCGGUGAGGCGGGCCAGGGGGCCGUCCGGGCCGUCCUGCUGUGCGUGCAGCGGCUGGCGUGCGUUUUCCAGUCCAAGCGCUUCGAGUCAACCAAGCUGGAGCGCCUGUACCAGCGGUACUUCUUUCGUCUGAAUCAGAGUUCCCUCACCACGCUCCUGGGCUUGCUGGCGCUCGUGUGCGGCAUCAUGCUGGCCUUCCACUGCUUGCACGGCCACCCGGACGUGGCCUAUGUCUCCGUGCUCUCUGUCGCCAUGGCGCUCUUCCUGGUCCUGAUGGUGGUGUGCAACCGGCAGGAGUUUCGCCAGGACUACCUGUGGGUGGUGAGCUACCUGGUCAUGGCCCUGCUGGUGGCGGUACAGGUGCUCAGCAUGCUCAACGUCGCCCCCCGCAGUGCGUCCGAGGGCGUGUGGUGGUCUGUGUUCUUCAUCCAUACAAUCUACACUCUGCUGCCGGUGCACAUGAGAGGGGCCAUGCUAGGAGGGGCCACCCUCUCUGCCAUUCACAUUGUCGCUGCUUGGAGACUCAACUUGGAGGACAACUUCGUCUGGAGACAGUUAUGUGCAAACGGGUUGAUUUUUCUGUGCACUAACAUUAUUGGGAUCUGCACACACCACCCGACUGAGGUGUCCCAGAGACAGGCCUUCAGAGAGACGCGGGGAUACAUUGAGGCCAGAAUACACCUGCAGAGAGAGAACCAGCAGCAGGAGCGCCUGCUGCUUUCGGUGUUGCCAAGGCAUGUUGCCAUGGAGAUGAAGGCAGACAUCAACGCCAAGAAGGAAGACAUGAUGUUCCAUAAGAUCUACAUCCAGAAACAUGACAACGUCAGCAUCCUUUUUGCAGACAUCGAGGGCUUCACCAGCUUGGCAUCGCAGUGCACGGCGCAGGAACUGGUGAUGACGCUUAACGAGCUUUUCGCCCGCUUCGACAAACUAGCAUCGGAGAACCACUGUUUGAGGAUAAAGAUCCUUGGAGACUGUUACUACUGCGUGUCAGGUCUGCCGGAGCCCCGAGCUGACCACGCCCACUGCUGCGUGGAGAUGGGGGUUGAUAUGAUCGAGGCCAUCUCCUUGGUGAGAGAAGUGACAGGAGUCAACGUGAACAUGCGUGUGGGGAUCCACAGUGGCCGUGUGCACUGUGGGGUGCUGGGCCUGCGUAAGUGGCAGUUUGACGUUUGGUCCAACGACGUUACGUUGGCCAACCAGAUGGAGGCUGGAGGCAAGGCAGGACGCAUUCACAUCACCAAAGCCACGCUGCAGUACCUGAACGGAGAUUACGAUGUGGAGCCAGGAUUCGGAGGUGACAGGAACACCUACCUCAAAGACAACAACAUAGAGACCUUCCUAGUGCUCGGCUGCAGCCAGAAAAGGAAGGAUGAAAAGGCCAUGAUGGCCAAAAUGCAUCCUACCAGAGUCAGCUCGUCUGAUGGCAUGGUGUCCCGCUGGGCUCCUGAGAGAGCCAUCUCUAGGAACAAGGGGUCCAAAGUCUUCAGACAGAUGGGCAUUGACGACACCUCCAGCAAGGAGAAUCGGCUGGUCCAGGAGGCCCUGAACCCCGAGGAUGAGGUGGACGAGUUUCUGGCCCGUGCCAUCGAUGCGCGCAGUAUCGACCAGCUGCGCAGGGACCACGUCAAAAAGUUCCUGCUCACGUUUCAGACGCCGUUCCUGGAGAGGAAGUAUUCUAAGAAGGUGGACGACCGUUUUGGGGGUCACGUGGCCUGCAGCCUGCUGGUCUUUUCAUUCAUCUGCUUCAUCCAAGUCACCAUUUUCCCGAGUACCCCGCUGAUGCUUGCCGUGUUCAUCAGUGGAUUUGUAAUUCUUGCCAGUGUGCUCUUCUUGUGUGCCAUCUACUCCUGUGUUAAGCUGUUCCCCGCUGCCUUACAGAGAGUGUCGGAGAAGAUAGUGGAGUCUCGCACUAAGACCACGUGUGUGGCAGUCUUCACCAUCUUGCUUUUGUUUGUCUCCGCCUUUGCCACCAUGUUCACUUGUGAGCAGGAGGAUGUGGUGCAGUGUGUGGCCCAGGAGCUGAACAUCUCCGAGAGCGCCGUGACACUCUGUUUUCUGCACAGCCUGAAUCGUACAGCAGAGGGCGCCCUAAGUCUGUGCCCGGCCGAGAAGACCCCGUGCCCUUUUCCUGAGUACUUCACCUACAGUGUGCUGCUGGCUCUGCUGGCCUGCUCCGUCUUCCUCCACACCAGCAGCUUUGGGAAGCUGAUCCUCAUGGCACUGGUGCACCUCGCCUUCCUGCUGCUGGUCGAGUGGCCCCUCGUGGUCUUGUUCGACAGCGCCGACCUGCUGGUCACGGCCAACGCCUUGUCCAGUUUCAAUGCCACAGAGCAUUGCCAGGAGAGAGUAAAUAAGGUGCCCCUGAAGGUCAUGACCCCUGUCAUCUUCACCGUGUUCGUGCUGGCACUCUACCUGCAUGCCCAGCAGAUCGAGUCCACCGCACGCCUCGACUUCCUGUGGAAGCUCCAGGCAACUGAAGAGAAAGAGGAGAUGGAGGAACUGCAAGCCUACAACCGUCGUCUCCUCCACAACAUCCUGCCCAAAGACGUGGCGGCCCACUUCCUGUCCCGCGAGUGUCGGAAUGACGAGCUCUACUACCAGUCGUGUGAGUGCGUGGCCGUCAUGUUCGCCUCCAUCGGUAACUUCUCCGAGUUCUACGUGGAGCUGGAGGCCAAUCACGAGGGCGUGGAGUGUCUGCGGCUCCUCAACGAGAUCAUCGCCGACUUUGAUGAGAUCAUCAGCGAGGAGAACUUCAAACAGCUGGAGAAGAUCAAAACCAUCGGCAGCACUUACAUGGCUGCGUCGGGGCUCAACGACUCCACGUACGACCGGGACGGCCGCUCGCACAUCCUGGCCAUGGCCAACUACGCCAUGCGUCUGCGGGAGCAGAUGGCCCACAUCAACGAGCACUCCUUCAACAACUUCCAGAUGAAGAUCGGCUUGAAUAUCGGCCCGGUGGUAGCCGGGGUCAUCGGAGCACGAAAGCCGCAGUACGACAUCUGGGGGAACACUGUGAAUGUGGCCAGUCGCAUGGACAGUACGGGGCUGCCGGAUCACAUCCAGGUGACUACUGAUCUGUACCACGUUCUGGUCAGCAAGGGCUAUCACCUGGAGUGCCGUGGUCUUGUCAAGGUCAAAGGCAAAGGAGAGAUGACCACGUACUUCCUGAACAGUGGUCCCAAUGUCAGUUAACACUGACCGAUAGCACUGACUCCAGUCAGAGAACUGGACGCUCCGCCGAGAACAUGAAGGAUGUGUGUGACUCACACAGGAGUAAACCUAGUAGAGGUCAUGUAGUGAACACUUGCACACAGCUCUCUCUGUCUGAGCUGCUUGCGCUCUGUGCCUGUAGAUUACAACCACGUUACAAAGGAUUCAUUUUCUUUCAUUGUGUUGAUGUGACUUAUAUACCAAAAUAUGGACUCAUUUGUUAGUCAUUUUGAUCGAUUUUUAAAGAAAAACUCUGACAAAAAUAUACAUAUAUGCAAAGAUGAAAGCAAACAAGACCAAAGAGCUACCAUUUGAUAUAGGAACACUACGUAUGCUUGUUUGAUAUGUUCGAACAGUUACUGUUCCACGUGUUUUUUCUAUGGUUCCCGAUACCAAGGGCCACAUUUGUCUGCUGGGCACUUCCUUACCCGCCACACACGAUGGAGGCGUCAGAGCCAGAGAGGCUGAGGGACUCAGAAAUGACUUUUCUUCAUGCUUUUGGAUUUUGAAGCGCUCUGGGGACUCAGUGAAGGACAGACAUUAGCAGUGGUCAUGGGAAUUUAUUAUUGUUUAUGUUCUUAUAAAACUUGUAAGUUAAGUGUGUGUAUGUGUGUGUGUGUGUGUUUGUGAGGGAGAGAGAGAGAGAGAGAACAUUGUCAUCUUUAAAGGACAAUACUGCUCACUGUGAGAUAUAUAUAUUGUUUCAUUCAUGUGCAAUUACUUUCUUGCCAAACUUUUAUUAUCUCAUUAUUUUAUAUAUAUAUAUAUAUAUAUA